AUGGAGAAGACGCGAACGCACGGGCCCGGAGGGCUGCGCGCGAAAGGUUUCGCCAUCACGGACUUGCUGGGGCUGGACGCGGACGGCGCGAGCGGCGGCGGCGGCGGGAUCGGGGGCGCGUGCCCGAGCGCGGUGGCAGGCGCGUGCCCGGGCGGCGGCGUGGGCGCGGUGGGCGCGUUCCCGUUCCCGCUCGGUCUGGGCUUCCUGUGCAGCCUCGCGGCGCAACAGCAGCAGCAGCAGCACCAGCAGCAGAGCGCGCGCGGCUUCAUACCGGCUCACGUGCCUCUGCUGCAGGCGCGAGCCGAGCCGCCCUACGUCGAGCAGCGCGAGGAGUUCUCCGAUGACGACUGUCUGUCUGGUGACCGUAACGAUGGGAAAAGCUCUGGCAGCUCACAGAAGAGGAAGAAGAGGAGACACAGGACAGUGUUCACGUCUCACCAGCUGGAGGAGCUGGAGAAGGCCUUUAAUGAAGCCCACUAUCCGGACGUUUAUGCGCGGGAAAUGCUGGCCAUGAAGACAGAGUUACCAGAGGACAGAAUACAGGUGUGGUUCCAGAACCGACGGGCUAAGUGGAGGAAGCGGGAAAAGUGCUGGGGCCGCAGCAGCGUGAUGGCCGAGUACGGACUCUACGGCGCCAUGGUCCGUCACUCCAUCCCUCUACCAGAGUCCAUCAUCAACUCCGCCAAGAACGGCAUGAUGAGCUCCUGCGCUCCCUGGCUGCUAGGUGAGCCAGCAGGAAUGCACAAAAAGUCCUUAGAAAUGACCAAGAAGUCCCCCGGCACACCCGAUUCCACACGUUCCGACUCGUACUCAGAAGACGUGAAAGGGAAGAACAGCGACCUCUUGUGGUCAGGAGGUCCUACUGCAGUUGACGACCCGGAGGACAUGGCCAUAGAUUUGUCCAGCACGGCCAAGCAGGAGACCAAGAGCACUUUGAAAACAUCGCCGAUCCACACUGAGCCCAACAGCGACUCAGAGAACGAGAACUGA